GGUCGAGAUCGCAAUUUCUUGUUCGUCUGAGCAAGCUAUGGGCUGCGGCUUUUCCUGCGUCCGCCGGCCAUCGGGCCUCGGCGACGACGACGGCGACAAGGACGUCGCCGACGUGGCUUCCGAGGUGGCCACGGAGGUCGAGCGCAUGGACGACUCGAACGACGACCCGUCGCCCGGCUUCUUCCGCGAGCACUACACGCUCGGCGGCGUGCUCGGCGAAGGCAGCUACGCGAUCGUCAAGAAGGCGCGGUCGCAGGCGACCGGGAAGCUCUGCGCCGUCAAGAUCUUCAAGAAGGAGACGCUCUCGGCGCAGGACGACGCUGAUAUCCUCUCCGAAGUCCGCAUCUUGCGCAAGCUCAACCACCGCAACGUGCUUCGCCUCGUGGACUUUUACUCGGAGCCCAAGUACUACUACCUCGUGACCGAGUACGUCGAGGGCGGCGAGCUCUUUGAGCGGAUCGCGCUCAUGGAGUACUACUCGGAGAAGGAGGCGCGCGACUUGGUCAAGACGCUCCUCGAAGCGAUCGCGUACUGCCACAGCGUCGGCGUCGUCCAUCGCGACCUCAAGCCCGAGAACAUCCUCAUGACGUCCAAGGCCGACAACUCGGCCAUCAAGAUCGCCGACUUUGGCUUCGCCAAGCAGGACACGAACGGCCUCUCGACGACGUGCGGAUCGCCCGAGUACGUCGCGCCCGAGAUCAUCUCGCGCCCGGACGCCACGUACGGCAAGUCGGUCGACAUUUGGUCGAUUGGCGUCAUCACGUACGUGCUGCUGGCGGGCUACACGCCUUUCCACGACCCGAACCAGAACCUUUUGUUUGACAAUAUUGUCAACGGUCGCUUUUACUUUUACGAACCGGACUGGAGCGAGGUGUCGCAGGACGCCAAGGACUUUGUCUCGCGCGCGCUCGAGCUCGAUCCCAAGGUGCGGCCGACAGCGCUCGACCUGCUCCAGGACCCAUGGAUCGUCGGCCAACACGUCUCGGCGCGCAACCUCGUCAGCGUCAUGGAGAAGCUGCCAGAUUUCAACAAGUCCCGCCGCAAGUUCAAGGCCGCGUAGGUCCAAGCCACGAUGCUCGUCAACCACCUGCGGGCGCGCGACUCGGACGCGUCAAAAGACGUUUAGCUUCACUUUAACUUCCUCUAACUCGUACUACCUCG